GUAUAUAACCGGGAGCUGCGUGCUGUGUGUACAACCCUCGUACUGCUCUUCAUCCCGCUUCAUUGUUUGCAGUCGUUCCUUUCGGAUCCCUCCACCACAUUCAUUUCUACCAAUUUUCAAUUCUACACAUUCAUUGAGCAGGGCUCUUUUAUCGCUUUUGUCCUUUUUUUCAAAUCUUCAUCACCAUUUCUCCAUCCAAACACAAUGAAGUCUUUCACUUACCUCAGUGCCCUCAUGGGUGUCAGCUCCGCCUACGUAUACCCUCGUGGAACCGCAAACAAAGCUGCCGGCUUCGUCGAUUCCGACUGCCCGUCCCCAGGAGAGGAUUUCUGGGCCCUCUCAGCGAUGGUUGCGGGGGAGGAGAAGAUGAAGAGAGAACUGUUGGAGCAGGAUCCAACCAACGUAACAUUGUCAGCUAGAGCCGACGUUACCAUUGACACAUAUAUCCACAUUGUGGCUACUGGUCCGAACCAAGCGGAUGGCAUGGUUCUGGAUGACCAGAUCAUGAAGCAAAUGGUAGUCAUCAACGACGCCUUUAACAAGCGCGGCUUUUCUUUCAAGCUUGCCGGCACGUCGAGAACCGUCAGCCAAGACCUCGCCAUCAUCGACAACAAAGAAGAGAAGACGGAGAAACUGGGCGCCAAAUUUCGAAGGGGAAACUACCAGGCUCUCAACCUCUACAUCGUAAAGGAUAUGCCCGGCAAUAUCGCUGGAGACUGCAGUCUCCCUAUGACCAGGCACGGGGGCAAGUACUUGCACGACGGCUGCCGCUUCAAUUACGAUACUCUACCGGCCAAGGGUGACGGCAAGGUCCUUGUUCACGAAAUCGGCCACUGGCUCGGUCUCGCCCACACCUUCCAAGAGGGCGACACCAAUACCCUCAACCCAAGCUGCACAGCCGGCCACGGCGACGACGUCGCGGAUACACCCGUGCACCUCCGGCCUCAGACUGGUAGCUGCGAUCCCGUCAAAUCUUGCCCCGGUGUCGCUGGCUCCGACCCCGUCUCCAAUUUCAUGAACUAUACGCCUAGCAAGUGCUGGACUGGAUUCACGGAUGGUCAGGCCACCAGGAUGCACAGCAUGUGGGAGGUCAGGAAAAACGCCAAAUAG